AUGGCCUACGGUUUUUCUUGGGGUGGAUUUUCUGGCACCGAAACACUGGACAAUGUGCAGAGUGGUAUCGGUCGCGUUGGCAACUACAAGUUUAUCCCUCAUGUACAAAAGUCUGUGGUUCGCGCUCCGUCCAUUUUGUCCUCUCACGGCAAGGCUACGAGCAACCACAUGGAAACGAAACGAGUCAUGACGGCUCUGGGAACCUUUGUACAAAAACCCGGUGUUGUUAGCUUUACCAAUCUCAUUUUCGCGGCGGUGCUCAAGAUUGAUCCCAAGAUUGGUUGGGGUGUCAUUGGAGCCGUGUCGGUGAGUGCGAUUGCUGCCAUUGCGUCGCUUGUUGUGGUGAACUAG